AUGAGCGAGGUCGGUCACACAAGCGCCCGUACACGCCCCGACUGCGUCGACAGGGUGACCGGACACCCCGACUACCACUACAUAGAGUGGAACUCCAUCACCACAACCAAGGCAAAGAAGAGGGCGUAUACCGAGAUCGCCUCCGCCAGCAACAGCGCCCACGAAUCCUCCGCACACGAAUCCUCCGAAGAGUCCGAGCUCAGCGAACUUUCGCGCUCUCUUUCUAGAGAGCCUACUCCUGAAGUCAAGCCCACGGUCAAGCCCAAGGUCAAGGACCCCAAGAGCAACAACAAGGAGGCCAAGCGUGUGAAAGAACAGAAGCCUAAGAAGGACUCUAACGUCGAAGUCCCCAAGGGCGACAACAAGGUUCCCAAGACCACGACCGCUACACCUUCCCUACAUGCACCUCUUGAUCUCGAUACCGGCGAUCUCGAUAAUGUUUCUAUCCUCGAAGAGACUGCAUGA